CAUCAAGCUUCCAUCUUAACAUGGUCUGCUAUAUAUAUGGAUGUUUCGUCCACAACCGCAGCCAGAUGAGCCUCUCUGCAAGAAACAUGCUGCGACGCCCAAGCCUUGGAAAUAGUUCUUCCGCUCGAUUCAACUUGAGUAGUCAUCAAUGAGCAGACGGAGCAAGUACUCUUCGGAAUACCGAUGUCAAUGCCUUGAUUGACAGGCGCACAAGCACAAGUAUAACAGUUCGCAUGAUCUCCAACGGCUUGCACGACACCACCCCACGCUGCUACCCGUCUGAUUUGAGACACCAAAGUUCCGCAAAUGCUGUACAACAGACAAUUCAAGAAGACAUCAGCGGUGGAGGGGAGGUCCAGCUUGGCCCUCAAACUGCGCUGCAGCACCCCGACACAUAUUCAUUCCUUGACAUUGUACCAUUGUACCAGGCAGGUCCCACAGCGGUCGCAUCCAAUUGGACAAACAUCGCAAGAAACAACCCCAGCAUUGGGUGGGAAGGAAAGUUCCAAACAUCAGACUGACUGGGGAGAAUCAAAACAUGAACGUACAUCAUGAAAGUUAUUAAGGCGGUAUCCAUUCUGGCGAAGGCGAAACUCAGGACCAGCCCAAGCAAAAAGUACUAGAAUAACCAAGUCGAUCGUUGAAAGAAAGAUACGGCGACGGUAACGGAGC